GAAUUUAAUAAACCCUCCCCUCCAAAAUUUCGUCCGAUUCUUGAUUUUACUCCGUUAUCGUCAUCAUCUUCCUUCAAGCCCUCGAAUCUUUGUGCUGUUCAUCAUAUCAUCAGAGUAUAUAUACACCAAAACCGCUGCACUUCAAAAAGGAGACAAAUAUGCUUUCAGGUUUGAAAUUCAUACCCCGCGAUCAGCUCGAUAAAGGGGAUGAUGAGAAGUCGAAUGAUUCAGAUUUAAGGAAAAGCUACAAGAAGAAAACAAAGUCCCGUCAUCAUGAUGAUGGAUCCGAGAGAAUUAAGAAAAGGUCUAAAAAGAAGUGGUAUUCCUCGGAAGAAGAUUCAUUUUCAAACUCAGAUGCAAGUGGAAGUGGUAGUGAUGAGGAUACAAAGAUGCAUAUGAAAAGAAAAGAGAGGAAGAGGAAAGAGAAAAGCAAGUCGAAGAAAUCAAGAAGAGAAUAUUCCAGUGAUAGUGAAGAUGGCGAUGAUUAUGACAAAUUAGUCAAGAAAGCCCAUAAGAAGGGCAAGGGCAGAUCAGGCAAGAAUUGUGAGAGUGAUAUGGAUGGAAAUGACGGUGUAUCUAAUGAGAGUGUUGUAAGGGAAAAAAUGGGAUUGGAAUGGAUGCUUAGACCUAAAGAUGACGUGGAACAAAAAGCUGCAUCAACUUCUGAUUUGCUAGAAGAAACUCCUGUUAAGGAGAUUAAAAAGGUGAAUCCACGAGAGCUAAAUCCCUACUUCAAAAAUGAUGGAAGUGGCUACCCAGAGGAGGCAGAUGGAUCAAAAUCUGCAGAAAGUGAUCUGUUGUCAACUUCUGUAGUGGGGGAUGGAGGUGCAAGCUGGAGACUUAAAGCCUUGAAGCGUUCCCAGGAGCAAGCAGCUCGUGAAGGAAAAGAACUUGAUGAGGUAGUUGCAGAGCGGUGGGGUUCUUUGGGUAAAUUAGCAGUUUCUGUGGCAUCAGCAACUGCUGCGCCAUCUCAUGCUCACCUUCAUGCCAUUAAGAACAGAGUUAGACGUCAGGCUAGGGAGCAGCCAGGUGAUCAAUAUGACCCUGAAAGAGAUAAUGAGAAGGGAACGCCUGCUAGAAUGAGAGUGCCCAGGCCUGAUGAUUCUUUAUCAUGGGGGAAGCGGAAAAAUCAAAACAUGUCGGCUAAGGAUGCUGAUGUCAUUUCUUCUGCAUUGUCCAGCUUACAGAAGUUUCCAGAUGAUGGGAGUUUCUUGCAAAAGUUCAAUUCGUCUGCAGAUGGUGACAGGAGAGUUCUAACCGAUGUGUCCGAGUCUGAACAACCAUCUCAUUCAGAAAUAAAGCCUUCAUUGAGUACAAACUCUGGCAGGAGAGUUAUGUCUGAUGUUUCUAAAUCCGAAGAACCAUCUUGUACAGACAUAAAGCCUGCAAUGAGUGCAAACCAGUUGGCUGCUAAAGUCUUGCAGCUACGUAUGAAAGGAAAGCAUGAAGAAGCUGAGAAGCUUAUGAAAGAGGUAGAAGUGCAUGAAGUGAAAAGCAACGCAGAUACCAUCAGAUCCAAUCCACAGGGUGAUGGGACCACAAGCAGGUAUAUCAUGCACAGCUUAAAAACACGUCAACAGAAAAAAGAAGAAGACUCAGACAUGCAUGUGGCUCGAUCCAUAAUGCAAAACAAAAAGUAUAGUAUUUCUGGUCAGGCAGACGAUGAAUAUGAUAAUGAUGGGGGACCUAAGAGAAAGAAACAGAGUAAAGGUGGUAAUGCUCCCAAUUCAACAGGAAAUGCACGCUUUGAAAAGCAUAUCUUAACCCAGAAAGAGCGCUGUAACUUUUGUUUUGAGAACCCUAAGAGACCACGACAUCUAGUUGUUGCAAUUGCCAAUUUCACAUACUUAAUGUUACCUCAAUGGCAGCCUGUUGUACCUGGCCAUUGUUGCAUAUUGCCCAUGCAGCACGAGUUAGCGACCAGAAGUGUUGAUGAUAAUGUUUGGGACGAGAUAAGGAAUUUUAAGAAAUGUAUUUUAAUGAUGUUUGCAAAGCAAGAGAAAGAGGUGGUAUUUCUUGAAACGGUGAUGGGUUUGGCAAAGCAGAGCAGGCAUUGCUUGAUAGAAUGCAUCCCGUUGCCUCCAGAAGUUGCUAAACAGGCUCCACUGUAUUUUAAGAAGGCCAUAGAUGAGGCUGAAGAAGAAUGGAGCCAACACAAUGCCAAGAAAUUAAUAGAUACAAGUGAAAAGGGGUUACGUCACUCUAUACCGGAAGACUUCCCAUACUUCCAUGUAGAGUUUGGUUUGAAGAAAGGGUUUGUUCAUGUAAUUGAUGAUGAAUCACAAUUCAAGAGCAGUUUUGGUCUGAAUGUUAUAAGGGGUAUGCUUCGUUUGCCUGCAGAAGACAUGCACCGUCGCCACAAAUAUGACUCUAUAGACACUCAAAAAGAAGCUGUCACAAAUUUUGCUCGGGAUUGGGAGCCUUUUGACUGGACCAAACAACUUGAUUAACAUUUUAACUUCUCUUGUGUUUACUCCAUUUUACUGUAUGUAUCAAAAAGCUUCAGCUUUUCUUAUUGGUUUUUUUUUUUACCUUCCCUUUUUGUUGCAAAGUCUCUAUUUUUUUAGCCCUUUCUUGAUAUACCCACGUGGAGAUUAAAAAUGCGGACUACAAGGUCAAAUGCUAUGCUGGUUUUUAAAGA